UCUUUUGCUUUGGCAAUUAAUGGAACGAAAAUAUUAGUAAAAAGUGAUAAAAAUUAUAUAAAUUUUUUAAUUUUACAAUUUUUCCUUAAAAAUUUUCACUCUUUAUAUUUUGAAAGUUUUAAACAAUUGAUUAAAUAUAGUGAUUUUUUGGAAUUAUGUAUGAAAAAGCCUUCUUAACUAAAUUGUAAUGACGAACUUUAAUCGCAAUAAUUUUGGUACAGAAACAUAAAUAGUCGAUAAGAGUAAUAAAUUAAAUUAAAAUUUUGGUAUUAUAAAAAUUAAAAUCUUUUCAUAAAUAUUCUCUCGUCCUCACUUUUUAUUUUAUAUAAAAAAAGUAAAUUCGAAUGUAUUCAAUCUGAUGCAAUAAUGCUAAAAAAUUCCUUAAAAACGAAAGAAAUGUUUAUAAUACGUGCUUUAGAAAAAAUUUUAGCUGACAAGGACAUAAAACGUUCACAUCAUUCCCAAUUAAAAAAGGCUUGUGAUGCAGCAUUAGAAGAAAUAAAAAAUGAGAUUAAAGAUGCUGCUACAAAAACUAUUCAAUCACCAAUUUCACCUAAUGGACAAAUACCAGAAAUUACACAGAUAUCAGCAGCUCUACCUCUUCCAAAAAAUGAUUCUGGAAAUAUAAUUAAUGCUGAAAAAUAUUUUUUGCCAUUUGAGUUAGCAUGUCAAAGUAAAACACCUAGAAUAAUUGUCACGGCCUUAGAUUGUUUACAAAAACUAAUUGCUUACGGUCAUUUAACUGGAAACAUACAAGAUUCUUCGAAUCCUGGAAAAUUUCUAAUUGAUCGGAUUGUAAAUACAAUAUGUAACUGUUUUACGGGCCCGCAAACCGAUGAAGGUGUUCAGUUACAAAUAAUUAAGGCUCUUUUAACAGUUGUAACAUCACAACAUGUGGAAGUUCACGAAGGCACAGUUCUUCAAGCUGUUCGUACCUGCUACGACAUUUACUUGUCAAGUAAAAAUUUGGUGAAUCAAACAACAGCUCGAGCGACUUUAACACAAAUGUUAAAUGUGAUUUUUACAAGAAUGGAAAAUCAAGCAUUUGAAGUUAGCAUUCAUGUUCCUCAGCUAGCGAACGAUGCGAAUGGCAAUAACACAAUCAAUGGAAGUGCAGAUUCUUCUACUAUUUCUUUAUCUAAUGAAGACAAGGAAGAAUCUGUUGACGAAAUUGCUCGAAUUAUAUUGGAAGAAAUUAUUAACGCUGCGGUUUCGGCAAUCGAAUCAACCGAAGUAUCAAUUCAUAAUAAUAAUUCUACGAUGAACAAUAUGACAAAUAACAAUGUUGUUAACAGCAAUAAUAUAAAUUCUAAAGAAGUUUCAAAUAGUAUUAAUAAUGAUAAAAGUGAAAGCUCGAGUAUUAAUCGGGUACCUUCUCAAGAAAGUGUGGAAGUUCAUAAUGAAAAUGAUGCUAUUGUUACUGCAAAAUUUACACAUGUACUUCAAAAGGAUGCAUUUUUAGUAUUUCGAGCGCUCUGUAAGUUAUCAAUGAAGCCUUUACCAGAUGGUCAACCCGAUCCCAGGUCUCACGAGCUUCGAUCGAAAGUUUUAUCCCUACAUUUACUUCUUUCUAUUCUCCAAAACGCGGGGCCAGUUUUUAGAUCAAAUGAAAUGUUUAUCAUGGCAAUUAAGCAAUAUUUAUGUGUUGCGUUAUCAAAGAAUGGAGUUAGCUCUGUGCCAGAAGUAUUUGAACUUUCUUUGUCUAUAUUUGUGGCAUUACUAUCUAAUUUCAAAAUACAUUUAAAACGACAAAUUGAAGUGUUUUUCAAGGAGAUUUUCCUUAAUAUUCUUGAAGCAACAUCCAGCUCAUUUGAACACAAAUGGAUGGUUAUUCAAGCUUUGACACGAAUAUGUGCGGAUGCACAAUCCGUAGUUGAUAUUUAUGUUAAUUAUGACUGUGAUUUUUCGGCAGCAAAUUUAUUUGAAAGAUUAGUAAACGACUUAUCAAAAAUAGCACAAGGACGGCAAGCUUUGGAAUUAGGUGCGACACCAGCUCAAGAAAAAUCAAUGCGAAUUCGAGGUUUAGAAUGUUUAGUAUCGAUUUUAAAGUGCAUGGUUGAAUGGAGCAAAGAUUUAUAUGUCAACCCUAAUUUACAAACAAGUUUAGGUGAGCCACCAGCAACCGUUAUUGAAAAUUCAGUUGUAAAAAGUAGUCACUCGAAUAAUAAUUUGAAUGAAGCUAAUAAUGGAAACGACUACAGCAUAAAUUUAAAAUCUGCCCAUGGCGGUUCAAAUCAAUCCUUAAAUUCUGUUGAAAGCUCACAAAACCGGGAAGUUCUUGAUUUACCUGAGGCUUUAGAAGAGCGUAAAAUGCGAAAGGAGGUUAUGGAGACGGGUAUAGAAAUGUUUAACAGAAAACCCAAAAAGGGGGUCGCCUUUUUGCAGGAAAAAGAAUUACUAGGUAAAAACGUUGAAGAUGUCGCAGAUUGGCUUCACAAAGAAGAUCGAUUGGAUAAAACAAUCAUUGGUGACUAUUUAGGGGAGAACGAUGAUCAUUCAAAAGAAGUUAUGUGCGCUUACAUUGACGCGAUGAAUUUUUCCAAUAUGGAAAUAGUGGGUGCAUUACGAUUUUUCCUUGAAGGGUUUAGACUCCCCGGUGAAGCACAAAAAAUCGAUCGAUUGAUGGAAAAAUUUGCUAGCAGAUAUUGUGAAUGCAAUCCUAACAAUAAAUUAUUUCAGAGUGCUGACACCGUUUACGUUUUAGCAUUUUCAAUAAUUAUGCUAACAACUGAUUUGCACUCACCCCAAGUGAAAAAUAAAAUGACUAAGGAGCAAUAUAUUAAACUGAAUCGUGGCAUAAGUGAUAGUAAGGACCUCCCGGAAGAAUACCUUUCUAAUAUUUACGAUGAGAUCGCAGGUCAUGAAAUUAAAAUGAAAACCCCAGUUGCUUCAAAACCUGUAGGAAAACAAAUAAUUGUCAAUGAAAAAAAAAGAAAAUUUCUUUGGAAUAUGGAAAUGGAGACAAUUUCAGCAACGGCUAAAAAUUUAAUGGAGUCUGUUUCUCAUGUAAAAGCUCCUUUUACGUCAGCCAAACACUUAGAACAUGUGCGUCCGAUGUUUAAAAUGGCUUGGACUCCUUUUUUGGCAGCUUUUUCUGUGGGGUUGCAGGAUUGUGAUGAUCCGGAAAUAGCUAGUUUAUGUUUAGAUGGAAUCCGAUGCGCAGUUCGUAUUGCAUGCAUAUUUCAUAUGACUUUGGAACGAGAUGCAUAUGUACAGGCCUUAGCACGCUUUACUUUGUUAACUGCUAACUCUCCAAUGACCGAAAUGAAAGCAAAGAACAUUGACACAAUAAAAACAUUAAUAAUGGUUGCACAUACAGAUGGAAAUUAUUUAGGUACAAGUUGGCUGGAUAUUCUUAAGUGUAUUAGCCAAUUAGAAUUGGCCCAAUUGAUAGGAACUGGAGUACGCCCUCAAUAUUUAUCAGGAAAUCCAACUUCAACUCUGAAGGAUACGUUGGAUCCCAGUGUAAAAGAACAUAUAGGGGAGACAAGCAGUCAAAGUGUAGUCGUUGCGGUGGAUAGAAUAUUUACUGGUUCUAUUCGAUUAGAUGGUGUAGCAAUUGUUGAUUUUGUUAAGGCUUUAUGCCAAGUAUCUUUAGAUGAAUUGAAUAAUUCACAACCACGUAUGUUUUCCUUACAAAAAAUUGUUGAAAUUUCUUAUUAUAAUAUGGGUCGUAUACGUUUACAAUGGUCUCGAAUAUGGCAAGUUCUGGGCGAUCAUUUUAACAAGGUUGGGUGUAAUCAUAACGAGGAAAUAGCAUUUUUUGCUUUAGAUUCCCUUCGCCAAUUAUCAAUGAAAUUUAUUGAAAAAGGCGAGUUCACAAAUUUCAGAUUCCAAAAAGAUUUUUUGCGGCCUUUUGAACACAUUGUAAAAAAUAAUAAUUCAUCGGCUAUUCGUGACAUGGUUGUUAGAUGUGUUGCUCAAAUGGUUAAUUCUCAGGCACAUAAUAUCAAGUCUGGUUGGAAAAAUAUAUUUUCGGUAUUUCAUUUAGCAGCAGGCGAUAAUGAUGAACAAAUAGUUGAACUGGCUUUCCAAACAACAGGAAAAAUAAUAAUUGAUUUGUACCAACGUCAAUUUGCAAUUAUGAUAGACUCAUUUCAAGAUGCAGUAAAAUGUUUAUCAGAAUUUGCUUGCAAUGCUAAAUUUCCUGAUACAAGUAUGGAGGCUAUAAGAUUGGUAAGAACAUGCGCUUUAUGCGUGCAUGAGUCCCCAAAUCUUUUUGCAGAGCACGCAGGAAUGGAAAAUGAUGUAGCAGUUUCAGAAGAAGAUCGAGUUUGGGUGCGGGGGUGGUUUCCAAUGUUAUUCUCCCUUUCUUGCGUAGUUAAUCGAUGUAAACUGGAUGUAAGAACCAGGGGUUUGACAGUUCUUUUCGAAAUAAUUAAAACGCAUGGUGAUGCAUUUAGACCGCAUUGGUGGCGUGAUCUAUUCAAAAUUCUAUUUCGUAUAUUUGAUAAUAUGAAAUUACCAGAACAACAUACAGAGAAAGCUGAAUGGAUGACUACAACUUGCAAUCAUGCUUUAUAUGCCAUAGUUGAUGUUUUUUCUCAGUAUUUUGAUGUACUUGGACCUUUAUUAUUAGAAGAUCUUUAUGCUCAAUUACAUUGGUGUGUUCAACAAAAUAACGAGCAACUUGCACGAUCUGGCACAAAUUGUUUAGAAAACUUGGUAAUUUCCAACGGAUUCAAAUUUAACGAUGAUACUUGGAAUAAGACAUGUAAAUGUAUGUUAGAUAUUUUUGACUCCACAUUACAACACGAAUUGUUAACAUGGAAACCUGAUCCAAAUGCAGCAAGUGCAAGACAUCAAAGCCAGCAACAUCACAUAACAGAAAAUGGGGAAAUUCGUCAUGGAAUCUUAAAGCGAUCAAAUUCACAGCAUUCUGUUUAUAGUAUAAAUUCUGAAGAUGGAAAAACUGAAUUAACUACUCAUGCUACAAAUAGUAUUUUUGCAAAUUUAUUGAUAAAAUGUGUUGUGCAAUUAGAAUUAAUACAAACAAUUGAUAAUAUUGUUUUUUUUCCUGCAACUUCUAGAAAAGAAGAUGCUGAAACAUUAGCUUUAGCUGCAGCUGAUUUAACCGGAAAUAGUUUAAAUAAUGUCACCGAAUGCCAACGUGAAGAACAAGGAAUGUAUAGUUAUAUAAAAACAUAUAAUUUAGUUCAGUUAACAGAAUGUUUAUUACAAUCGCAUCGUUUUGCCAAAAAAUUUAAUUCAAAUAACGAACAAAGAAAUAUUUUAUGGAGGGCCGGAUUUAAGGGAGCUGUUAAACCGAAUUUAUUGAAGCAAGAAACAACCUCCUUAGCGUGCGUUCUAAGAAUUUUAUUUAAAAUGUACAGCGAUGAGAAUAGAAGAGAUGACUGGAAAGAAAUAGAAUCAAAAUUAAUAUCUGUAUGUCGCGAAGCUCUAGAAUAUUUUUUAAGUUUACAUAGUGAAGCACAUCGCGACGCAUGGACGUCCUUAUUAUUGUUAGUUUUAACGCGAUUAUUAAAAAUGCCAGAUGUUAGAUUUGCAUCACAUGUAUCAAGUUAUUACACUUUACUAUGUGAGAUAAUGUGCUUUGACUUAAAACCAGAACUAAGAAGUGUACUUAGACGUGUGUUUUUAAGAAUUGGCCCUGUAUUUAAUAUAACGAGUGCCACGUAGUUGCUGUAAUUUAAUUAUCUACUUAUAUAAUACUAUUACUAAUAUAAUAUAUAACAUAUAAAUAUAUAUAUAUAUAUAUUGAAAUAUAUACACGCAAUUUAAAUGUUUUCGAUAUAUUUAUAUUAUAAUCUAAAUUUUAAAAAUUUCAUUAUUUAAUAACUAAUUAAUCUAAUAUAUAAAAUACGAAUAAAAAUUAAUAAAGAGUAUGUUAACUCUGUCUGCAAAUCAACUGUCCAAAUAAGUAGUUUUUUCUAUUACAUACUAAUAUAAUAUUAUAUAAAAUAUAAAGGUAUGCUAUUUGUUAUUUGAUCAAAAUAUUUUAAUUCAUGUAUUUAUUAAAUUUUUAUUUUUAUUCUUAUUUGAGACAAAAACAAAAUUAUAAAAAAAAAAUAAUAAAAAACAAAAUGAAAAUGUUAUAGUUUUAUUAUUAUAUGUUUGAAAAACAAAAAAUUUCUUAUAAUGUAAAAUUAGAUUUUUAUUAAAAAUGUUUAAUGUAAACGGUUAGGUGAUUUAACGUUAAUAUUAAUAAUAAAUAAAAUUAAAAUUAUAAAACAUAAGGAAUAAAAUAACAAAAAGAAAUCAAUUUGAAUCACAUCUAAAAUAAUUUAUAUAGUUAAAAAGACAUUAAGAAAGAAGGAAAUAAAUUAUAGCUAUGUAAAAUUAAAAAAAAAACAAUAGAAAAUAAAUACAUACAUAUUUACAAAUUGUUGUAAAUUAUAAAACGAGUAUCUGUAAUAAAACUGCCAAAAGAUUUUUAUUUUAUUAGCUUAAUUUUAACAAAAUCGUAAGUAUACAUUAUUUUAGAAUAUAUAAACAGCCUCGCAAUCCUUAAUUGACUUAGAAUGCUAUUCCAAAAUACAUACUUAUGUUCCAAAAAUUUGAAAUGGAUUGAAUAAAUAAAAAAAAUUGUUUAGUCAAAACAAUUAUGGCUAACAAUUUUUAAGUUAUUCUAAAUAUGAUGUUUGUUUUAAAGCAGAAUGUAAGAAAAAAUGUUUUUUUUUUUUUUUUAGAUUUGGUUUGUUAAUUAUAUCGCUCAUUUGCUGCAACAUUUAACAUAAUUUAAAAAUACAAUUUCUGAAAUAUUUGUAUAGAAAUAAGCGCUCAGAACGUUCCUUACUUAUGCAAAAACACCAUUUCUCUAGCAUAAAAAUUGCCGCCUACAACAGAAUAUGAAAUAAUGCUAAUAGAACGAAAAAAAUAUAUUAACACACAAUAAAUUUAAAAUUCGUUUUUCUCAAAUGUGCGAAUUUUGAGUUAUGUUAGUGUUGCGGCAAACAUGCAAUAUAGCUUUGAAUAAAACUGAAUGAAUAUUGAGUAAAUUUUAACUUGAGAGAUCCACUUUACAAGUUUUUUUAAUAUUACUUCUGCUACAUUGAUAGAUUGAGUUUGACAAAAUGAAUUUUUGAACUGUGAGUUACGUAUAUUAAUUUGAGUUUUAGAAAGAGGUAAUUUUUCACAAGAGUCAAAUCUGUACCUUCAAAAGUCAUUUACAUAAUUGGUAAUGGUAAAAAUAUUGCAUUGAAACGUACAUACUAAUGGGCCAAAUUUUAAAAAUACGUUUAUAUAUUUAAAUAUGUAAUUUGAAUGUUUGAUAUGAGAAUUCAUCUAGAUUAAACAUAUUAAUUAACAAUCAAAGAGUAGAUUGUUU